AUGAAAAAGAGAUCCCUCGCUAACAAUUUAUUUCAUUUUUUUAAAAGAGCGACACUUCAAGUCAGUGAUCAUCGUAACAAAUUACAGAUGAAUACCUCUACCCAAAAACGGUGUCUUCUCCAUUUUAUAAGAGAACGUGCAACAAGAAAACAACUUUUAAGAGUACUCGAAGUCUGUAAAACAACAUUCUCUGAAUCAGCGGAACUAAGAAGGCACAACUACCGAUUGCAUUCAACAGAAGUGGACAUUUUAGUAAAUGGAGUGUCUACAAAAGUUUCACGUAAUGAUGAUGGUAAGCAUUCUCAAGAUUGGGAAGCAGAAUCAACCACAACAACUGAUAACGAGAGUGAAGGGGAGCAAAGCUGCACAGACAGUGACACAGAAGUAGAUAACGAUGAUACUGUUGCGGUUAUUUUGGAUACUGCUAUGGUCACACCACUGUCAACUGCUCCAGAAGUAGUCAAAGAUAGCUACAGUACACGAGACUACACGACCGCUGUUCUGUCAGCUUUCGAUGCAUUAUCCCAGACUAGUGAAGAUAAACACAAAAAGCUCUUAAUAGCAGAACUGGGAGAUCUAAAACCUGUAGCAUACAUCGACCAUCAAGCAAACGAACAAAACCUCUUAGCGCAUUCCAACGUGAUAGAUAAAAAUCAUUCUGGGGAGGAUAUUGAAACCAACAUGUCGCCUACAAUACGCAAUGUGCUUUUAAAUAGUCCUUACAAAAAACUAUUAUCCAAAGCAAACUACAUUGAACUGGAUCACCAAUGUUCGCUUUAUUUGAAUAAUAACUGGUCUCUCAACCCCAUCGCAACACACAUUGCCUCCAAAAUACUUGAAGAAAUGAUCCUUGUGGAAGCCCAUAAGGCAUUGCUCGUACUCUGUGGGGAGAUCUAUGGUAGGCUUCCUACCCUUGAUGCUCAUCACGAAAGAACCUCCAUAACAAAAGGCAACCUUCCCCAAAGUUCUUUGCCUCAUGCUGACACUAAAUAUCCAAACGUGGAGCUAUGCUUGAUGUAUGUUGACAAUAGCCAAAAGCUCGUGCUGGGUACCAAGACCAUAAAUAUUUUGAUUACAUCUUCCAUACGUAUCGAUUGCAAUGAGAAACCAGUAGUCGGACCAUCAAGCUCAAAUGGAUUAUUGCCAAGCAAAAAUUCAAGGAUUUAUGUCGAAAAAACAAAAUUGGAUGAGAUUGAAAGAAUGAUCGAGAAAAAAGCCACGUUGAACGAAAUUAGUUUGCGUCAAGUUUUACUGCAUCCUUUCGAUGAAUUCUCCCAACUGCGCCAAGUACGAUCAAAGUUCGACAAAUCAUCCACGUAUCUUUGUUAA